AUGGAAAGGAAGCUGCGUCGACACGCCGAACUCUCCGCGCAGUAUAAUGACUUUUUGGCGGAAUAUCUCGCCUUGGGCCAUAUGAGCGCGAUCGAAAGUCCCAGCGACACCGCUCUUACGCCCGUGUACAUUCCGCAUCAUUCGGUUUUACGCGAAACGAGUAGUACCACGAAGUUACGCGUCGUUUUUAACGCCUCGUGCAAAACGACGAACGGCACGUCGCUUAACGACCAUCUGCUGGUCGGACCGAAGUUACAGCAAGAUCUCCCCGCUAUUCUGCUGCGCUGGCGGCAGUGGCGUUUUGUUUAUGCCGCAGACAUCGCCAAGAUGUUCCGGCAAAUCCUCGUGAAUAAUCUUGAUACCGACUUCCAACGAAUUCUCUGGCGUCCGUCCUGCGACAUGCCGAUCACGCAUUUCCGGCUUUUGACCGUAACAAUACGAAGGAGACUAAGAGAUGCCUCAGAUCCAUUUGGUAUACCAGAAAGUGAAUUUCGCAGUCUUUACAGAUUAUCCCGGAAAGCCGUACGAGUGCUCAUCGAAGAUAUGCGACCUCUUCUACUAAAUCCAAGACGUCAUGCAGUUGCUGUUGAAUUACAGGUUCUAACUGCAUUGAAUUUUAUAUCGUCUGGUCCAUAUCAAAAGCGAGUUGGCCAAGAUAUUAUUUCUCAUGUAAUUUAA